AUGUCCAGCUCUUUUCCGCAAGAUACCCAGGACAAUCUCCUCGACUCUAUCACGCACACCUUAAGCGAUAGACAUUUCCUCGACACGAAAACCGAGUGCUCAAUAUGCUACGAGAAUGAUGUUCUGCCGACAGUCCAGAUUAUCGUCUGCGGCCAUACAUUUCACAAGGCGUGUAUCGCCAAAUGGGUCAACCACCUUCAAUCCGAGGGUAAGGCAGCUACAUGUCCGCUAGAUCGAAGCAGACUAUUCAGCGAGGGCUUCUUAGAACAUCUAGAACACGACUACGAACGUGACGACGAAGGCUUGGUUGACGACGAAGGCUUGGUUGACGACGAGGCCUGGACAUCAAGCGAUGAUGAAGCUCUGCAACAAGAGCGCAUUGAAUAUGAGGAGCAACAACUUCGGGAGGAUGAAGAGUUAGCGCAAGAACACACGGAAUACCAAGCACUACUUUAUGAGGAUAGAGAGGCAUCAGAAUUACAAAUACUUCUAGUACAGCAAAGGAUACGUGACCUGCAGCGUGCGCUUUGCUCUGCUGAGGAUAGACGAGAAGAGAGGUCAAUACUCCAGGAUCUAGAGGCUGCAAUGGCUGUGGAGGCAGAGCUACAAAAUAAUAGCGUAUAG